UAUACGCGUACCGAGUAAAGGACCGUCGAAGGUGGAGGUGUGUUGGAGAGAGGGUUUCUGCCUGGACCCGAAAAAGAGUUUGAUUCUGCCACGAAGUAAUAGGUCCAUCAAUAACAGCGCGUAGCUAGCUGAUUCGAAUUUCCUUUCUGCCCGCUCAAGUGUCAUUGUUUCCUCAUUCAAAAUUUCCGUCGACGCACGUCGUGUUACUAGCUAAUCUGGCAUACAGAUGGUGUUCUGCUGGCCAUGUUUGUUUGAGAAAACUUACUUCCUAGCGGUCCGCACAUGUCAUUCGGGAUAAAUAUGGCAUUGGAAUAUGUUUGCCUGCUUGGAUAGCUGCCGCCGGUUAGCAACGCACAGAGCGAGCCUGAUCUCAGGAGUCCACUACCGGGCAUUUCAGGAGAAUGACCACGGUGAGACGAUACGCCCUGCUGGUGAUGCUGGUGUUCACCAGCUGCGGCUGCCAGUUACCUCAGUGCUGUGGCGUUCAUGUGGAGACUUCAGCGCGGCAGCAUGGCAGUGCAUCUGGAGCUAUCCGGUCACAGCCAGAGGUAAAGACGAUGUGUUUCAUGGGCUCAAACGACCCGAUGAACUCGUGGGACCCGAUAUCAGCGCUUGCGGAAACACCCAGUAUGCUUUCCAAACGCGACUACGAUGGUGUGGCUGUUGUGUCUAGUCUGAUGACAUCCGUUAGCCUAGAACUGCAGUCAGGUAUAGAGUCUGUAAUGGCUGUAGCAGCUACCUGGGACUACGAGCAGCUGUGGCCAAGAAUAAAGUCCAGUUCUACCUACGUCUAUCACACGAACCUCUCAUCUUGGUACCGCGUGCUCAGUGCUGAGCCUAGCCCGCCUCGAUACGGUUUUUCACUUGUGGCAUCCAAUGAUCACAGGUUUGUAGUGCUACAUGGUGGCUUCACAAAUGAUCCAAAGUAUUUCACGGAUGACACCAGCAUUCUCAACGACACGUGGAGAUUUGACAUUGCCACAGCAGGCUGGCACAAGCCUAAUAUAUCCGACACCCCUGGCGGCGAUGUGAAACGUAGAGCGGCGCAUUCAGCAGUCAUACUGCGCGAUCCCGAAACCGACAUAGCGAUGAUGAUGGUAUUCGGCGGCUUCACGACCUCCAACCAGGAGACAAAUGACCUGCUGACAUUGAACUUGGAGUAUGGAGUUUGGGAUGAAGUGGAGCAUGACAGUUCAUCACUCUGGCCUAGUCCACGCUACAUGCACUCAGCCGCCACUACAAUCAACAACACUAUGCUCAUAUUCGGAGCUAAGUAUGAUGAGGUGCUCGUCAAGCAUGACCUGUGGGAGUUCUCUCUAGAAACGAAACAGUGGCGUGAGCUGCCAGAGCUUAACUACACCAUAAUUGAGUGGUAUGGAUGCAGUAGCAAUCUCUUUGCUCAGAACUUCUCGCCAAACGUAGCAUACUAUUACCGAAGCCUCGAUACGCUAUUUGUGUUCCCGUUCAAAGGCGGUCGAAUUUGGCUGGGAGACAUGCCACGUGCGCUGUUUGAGUACGAUGAUCCACUAUGCACAUGCUACUUCAACAGGUCGGAUCCCGACCAGGAGUGGAAGUGUGCAAAGAUGGCCAUGCCGGACAAGAUGGAUGACUUCUUCUGGGUGGCGGGCACCAGCGGAGCGUUUGGUAUUUACCACUUUGGAUUUUCCUACGGUGUGGUGUCUCCGACAGAGUGGGUGUUUAACUUUUCAGAGGCCGCACACGCGCCUGGUGUGUGGCAAGCAUCACUUCGCCAGUACCCUUCCACUUCCUUCUCAGUUCCACACCAUCACAUUCUGUCCACGGCCGACUAUUUCCCUGCCACGAACACCGUGUUUCUGUUUGGUGGCCUGAAGCUGAUUGACACAGGGGCUGUGUGGCAAGAGCAGGGCCCGUAUGACUUAGACAUGGCUGAAAAUGACCUCUGGCUAUACAGUACUACCGAGGAUACUUGGUCUCGACUACAACUCAACAACACACCACCAGAGCGCUAUGCGCACAGCUCGACUGUGGCGCAUGGCCGCGCGCUUGUCAUUUUCAGCGGAUUUCACCGGUUUGAGAUGUCACUGCAAGAUAUACUGUGGUGCUUUGAUAUGUUGACAUUGAAAUGGGCAUUAGGUCCCGCUGUAGCACGGUCCGUUCACGAUAGCUUGUGGAGAGGGCACGCUAUCACCGUGUUUCUGCCAGCAACAAACGAGUUGAUCGUGCAUGGAGGCUUCUCGCCAUCCAAUGAGUUCCUCAACUCCCCGUACAAUGACACUUGGGCAUUCAAGUUUGCAUCUAACGACCUCAGUGACGUUGUUGGGUGCAGGGGCAAUUGGCAACAGUUGAACUGCCCCAAUGCACCACAGCUGCUUGGACACACGGCAGUGGUGUAUGGUGAUGAUGUGAUUGUGUUUGGGGGAGCACAGUUUGAUGGCUUUGAGUCUGGCUUCAACUUGGCACCGCAGAAUCGAACAUGGAGGCUGCACAGGGCGCUCGGCGAUUGUCAUUGGGAAGAAAUCAUCACAACACAUGCUGCAGACUCUGCCAGCCAGUCCAAUGUGCUACAGGCAAGACUAUGGCAUACCAGCGUAGUGUUUGGUGCACAGAUGGUAGUAGCCGGUGGCUGUAUCCCAGUGUUGACGUGCGCAGACUUAGCCUACCCUCUAGCCUGCUGCCACGAUGCUCAUAUAAUCAUGACACAUGUGUGGGUGCUGAAUCUGGUCACAUGGGAGUGGACCUAUAUCGUAAUUAGAUCUUCAGAUCUCAUGUACUCAGGUAUGCACACUGCUGUGGCGACCGACCACCGCAUGCUCAUCUUUGAUGGCCUGCGAGGCAGUAUAACUGCCUCUCCCAAUCGCAUCUAUCGCUACGAUUUGCUGCGAAAAGAUUAUCAAGUCAUGCUAGCCUCACCGGCAGGGAAGUCGUCAAACUCAUUCUCCGAUUUCAACUGGACCACAUGUCCUGUAGACUCCUAUGGGGACCAAGUUGGCUCCAAGACAUGUUCGCCGUGCCCUGAAAGAACAAACACUGAACGGCCAGGCGCCACUUCCUUGGAGAGCUGCCGUUUCUGCUCCUCGGACACAGUGUGUUAUGGACACGGUACCUGCGUUGUUGAUGAGUACUUUCAGCCACACUGUGACUGCCAGCUUGGUUACCUAUCAACAGACAAUUGUCGUCUCCCGCUGGCCUUUCUCUACAUGGGAUCUGGCAUUCUCUUCCUCAUCUUGAUGAUAGUGUGUCUAGUGCUCUGUCGGAUGUACAAGAAGAAGAACAAAGUGGAGGCGCUGGUGCAGCGGCGACUCAUGAGAUCGCAAUCGCAAGUUGCCCAGCUGAAUCUAGCGUGGCAGAUUGACUAUGGAGAGCUGGGUAUGGAUAAGAGAGUUGAUGGCGAAACUCCGGGUGCAUUCGGUGAAGUAUGGCUGGCAACGUACCGGGAUAUGCCAGUAGCAGUGAAGAAACUGAAGGCCGUGCAGAUUGAUCCCAGAAGUCGCCUGGAUUUUGAACGAGAGGUUGCAUUGAUGAAGACUAUCAGACAUCCGAAUAUUGUCAUGUUUCUUGGAGCAGGUCUGCACCAAAACCAGCCGUUCAUUGUCGUCGAGUUCAUGGCCAGAGGGCCGCUAUCCUCCCUGAUUCGCAAUCUCUCCAUACCGGUGAAUCUCUCGCAAAAGGUUCGCUGGGCCCUUGACGUUGCCAAGGGAAUGCACUACCUUCACAGCCUGAUGCCUCCACGUAUCCACAGAGACCUGAAAACAUCCAAUUUGCUAUUGAGCGAGUGCUGGGUAGCCAAGGUUGCUGAUUUCGGCACAGCGCGCCUUGUCAGUGAUGUGUCGUCUCGAUCGCCAGUUGCACCAAUCGACGAGGAGGACGAGGACGGCAUGCGAGAGGCAUCACAAUACGGCCUGUCCACUUCACCUCGCGGCGCUGCAAGCUUCGACUGUGAAAGCAUCGGGCUACUGCACAGCACAAACUCUGCGCUGAUGACAAGAAAUGCUGGUACACUGCUGUGGUGCUCUCCAGAGAUUCUUGCCGGCAAGCCGUAUGGUGCGAGUACGGAUGUUUACAGCUUUGGCGUAAUCCUCUGGGAGUUGUGCAGCAGGAAGGUGCCAUUCUCUGAGUUUCCAGAUUUCAAAUGGAUGUCAAAGAUUAGUGAUGCGGUGGAAGCAGGUCGCAGGCCCACCAUACCCGAGGACUGCCAAGCAGACCUAAGUGAACUGAUGCAGCAGUGUUGGCAUCAUGAUCCGGAGCAGAGACCUACAUUCAAGGACAUUGUACGCACACUGGAUGACCUGCAGGAAACAGUACCUUGAGCUGAUGCGUAUGUAUGCAGGCUCGUGGAAUAUUUAUAUGGCUCAAUUUUCUGAAUCGUACUUCUAUCAAUACACCACUGAGUUACAUUGUACAUGUACGAUUGAUUUUUUUUCUGCAUCCUGGUUACAAUAACGGUGCUGAGCUGAAGCCAGUUCUCUCACUGUUACAGAGACGUGCACAUUGAAUUUAUGUUGAAGGAAUUCACGUACAGUAACACAGGAGUAAAUACCGAG